AUGUACUUUCCAAAGAUCCUUCACAAAGACUUGUCGGUGGAGAGUGGAAUUGGGGGACAGCGUCUUUUCAGCGAUCUCGUUCCUCACUUUGCCGUUGAUGCCCCUCAAACCCGCCCUCAAUAUCGAACACUGGACCCUGUACGUGUCGCUCACCACGAAUGGGACGGCCGAUGCGACUUGCUGCUGCCGUUUUGCGAGGAGCAAAAUGAGCUGACGGAGGCCGUGGCUACUCUAGGCCCCAACGAGGCGAGCAGGACGGUUGACUUUGCCCAUCUCGCAAUCAAUAAGGCAAUCACACAGCGGCAUGUAGUCGGUAUCGGCGUCGAUAAUCCUGGCGCGGCAAACUCUAUUCCGCACCGCGGCUUGAAGAGCCCGAAUCGGUUUGCCUCCCUGGCUCGAACGUUCAUGGGGCAUUUCCACAGCCAUCAAACCAUCACCCAGGAACAAUCCGACAGCAGCAAGGUCGAUUUACAAGGGAGCGUCAUAUACCUGGGCUCGUCCUUGCAGCUAAACCGGGCCGACUUCUACGACGAGCAGCGGGGCGUCGCUUUGUUCGAUCUAGAGACACUCGAGGACGAACUACUUAUCAACCCGCAUGCUGUCGGCUAUAUAACAGCUGACCUGCAGCAAUUUCUUAGCGGUCAGGUUGACGAGCGCGCCGUGACCGACAAGCAUGUCAUGCUCAUCGCCAAGCUUACCCAUCUCAAGUAUGUCACAGCUCGUGACAAGCUUCUCUCGCUGGGCGUGCGGAGCUGGUCUCGGCGCGUCGGUGCCGCUGUCCAGCUCUUGGAGGAGCCCACCAGUGAUGAGGCCGAUCUGGCUGUAACCACGGACAGUGUUUCGGGCUCUGACACUGGCUCCAAACCCCGGUCUGAAAAGCUCGAUCCCGCCGCAGAAGCUCGCGAAUAUGCUGAGUCGCUAGAUCUGGACAAGUCUCUUCUCUUGCGACGGCAUGAGUUGGUGCGGGUUGGCAAACGCAUGAUCCAAGUCUCCUGCGAGAUUACUGACUAG